AUGGAUGCGAGCGCAAGUGGCGGGAGGGGGAAGCGCGGCGCGAAGAAGAAAGGCGGGAAGGAAAAAGUGAAGAAGGAGCUGAAAGGGGUGAUGAAGGCGGUGAUUCGUGAAGGAUCGGGAUCGCCGGUGGACGACGGUCACCAGGUGGUUUUCCACUGCACCACUCGUGCAGCUUCGGGCCACAUAUGUGAUUCCACCCGAGCCGAACAUGGAGGGUCGGGGCGGCCACGGCGAGUGGUGGUGGGGGAGAGCCGGCUGGUGGCAGCACUGGAGCACGGGCUGUGCACGAUGCGCGAGGGCGAGGUUGCAGUGUUCAAAGCAGAGCCCUCAGCUCACUACAGCGACCCCACCUGCCAGAUAAAACCUCCCUCAGGCGUGCCUGCGGAUGAGGAGCUCCAGCUGGAGGUGGAGGUGGUAUCUGCCGCUGCUGUGUGGGUGCUGGCUGGGAAGCGGGAGGGGAAGAAGGCGGGUGGUGUGGAGGGAGAGGAGGAGGAGGGAGGGGAUGAGAAGGAAGAGGAGGAUGGAGUGGGUGGGUAUGAGGAAGACGAGCGGUUUAUCACGAAACAGACGGUUGAAGAGGGGCGAGGAUGGGAGCAGCCGAGGCCGCCUUAUGAAGUCAAGAUAAGGCUGGAAGCUCGCCCUCUUGGCUCCCCAACGCCCUUCCAUGCGGCUGGCACGGGCUCCUCUCCCCCUCUGCACCUCGCCCUGGGCUCAGCACGGCUCCCCCCAGCUCUCGAUCUAGCUCUCUCGCACAUGCUCGCAGGGGAAAAGGCGGUCGUAUUUGCCUCCGCCCCCCACACCAUCCCCCCUCCGCCCGACACCCCUCUCCCCCCACCUCCUCCUGCCACUGCUCCUCUUCCGGGUGCUGCCGAGCCUGAGGCUCGGACUGCGGAAUCUGAGGCUGGGAAUGCCGAGGCUAGGAGGCUCGGGCUGGCUGUUCCGGUUGUUGUGGUGCCAGCGCCGCCAGAGGGGGUGGUGGAUGUGGAGUAUCAUGUGCAGCUGGUGAAGAUUGUGCAGGUGCGAGAUGUGCUGGGCAAUGGGUGUGUGAUCAAGCGAAGGCUUCAAGACGGCACAGGCGACUUCCCCAUGGACUGCCCGCUGCAGGACUGUGUGGUGCACGUGCACAUGCGCGGCACUCUGCCGGAUCUGGGGGGAACGGAAUUCAUGGACACGCGGAAAGGGGGUGAGGGCGAGGGGCAACCUGUACAGAUCGGCACAGGGGAGGGGCGGCUCCCAGAGGCCCUGGAGGCGAGCAUUCGCCUGAUGCUGCCGGGAGAGGUGGCUCUGGUAUCCAGCACGGCGCAAUACGCCUAUGACUCGUUCCCCAGACCAGAGGGGGUACCGGAGGGUGCGAGGGUGCAGUGGGAGGUGGAGCUGUUUGGCUUCGAGCGCCCCAAGGGCUGGGAGGCGCUGUCGUUUGAAGAGAUUCUCGCUGAAAUCGACAAAACCAAGCAGUUGGGGAACACGCUGUACAAGGAGAAGAAGUACAGCCACGCAUGCAGCAAGUACGAAAGGCUGCUGCGGGAGAUGAGGCACGUGCAUCCCAAGGAGGGCGAGGAGGCAAAGCAGUUCAACUCCGUGCAGACGGCUCUGCAGCUGAACGUGGCAGCAUGUCAGCACGGCAUGGGGGAGUACGCGCGGGCUAUAGAAUGGGCCGACAAGGUGCUAACAGAGCAACCCAAUCACUCAAAAGCGCUCUACCGGAGAUCGUUGGCACGCAUGCACUCUGCUGCCUUUGACGAAGCCAGGGCUGACCUCCAUCGGAUGGUGAAAGAAGACGCAUCCACGCAGGCAGAUGCCACUGCUGCUCUGGCCAAGCUUAAGAAGAUGGAAGAGGAGGCGGAGUCGCGGCAGCGCAGGGAGCUGGGCGGGUGGUUUGACCGCAAGCCUGGCAGUCUGACAGCUCAUGACCCCUCCCCUAGUGCUGCCGGUGCUGCAAGCAGUGCUGGUGCUGCUGGUGGUGCUGCUGCAGCUGGUGCUACGAGUGCUGGUCGGGGCGGUGGUAAUCCACCGGCAUUAUCGGAGGCAACGAGCAGGGCUGUGCGGCGGGCUGCAAGGAAGGCAGCUGCUGCUCUGUCUGGGGAGGCAGGUGCUUCUGGUGACAGCGACAGUGGCGGAAGUGACAAUGAAGAGAGUCGUGAUAAUGAUGGUAAUCGUGGUGUUGGUGGUGGUGAUGAAGGGAAUGGCAAGGGUGGAGUCGAGGAAGAAUCGGAGCUCCUAGGGGCAUUUACCCCGGUGAAAGGAACGGCACUGCUUACGUAUGGGCCAGGAGUGGUGCUCUUGAUGCUGCUGUUUGCGUUUGGGUUGAUUUUGGCAAAGGACUUAAAUUGGACGAGGAUGGCUCACAUGCCAGUGGUGAAGCUUUAUUCCUCUGAGCUACUGGAUAGUCAAGUGGAUGAUUACAUGGAUGAUGAGUUUUGA